GGAGAGACCCGGAUGAAUAUCUGAAGCAAAAUGUUUCAAAUGUAUGUUAUGUUGCUUGGACAUAUUAACCAUUUCUAUAAGGUGACAUAAAUCUGAUAAGUGUUAAUAGAGGGGUGGAUUUAAUAUAUUCUGUGGUUGUCAGUGUGUAUAUAGUUUUGCUCUGAAUUAUUUUUAAAGAUGUGUAAAGGAUCUAUUUAUUUAUUGGAUCCUGCCUGUAGAUGUUAAUCAACGGUACGGUCCUUGCCCUUGAGUGGCAUGAGGUUGGUGUUCAUCAAUGGGAUGGGACGGCAGUGCUGUAGCAGGAGCGUGCGCAGUGAGGCCGGGUGAGAGUUGGGUGCAGCUCCAUCAAGAGAAGGAAGCGGAGUUUCCGGCUGUUUGCAGCGGAGGGAGAGGAUUGCUGACUCCGCGAAAGCCCCAGAAAAACGCCGCCGGCUCGGGGGGGCUAGCAGUUUCUAGUAUUGGUAGUGGUCGUUUGCUUUGGUACCAGGGGAUCUGGGGGCUGGUGAUAUAUUUUUUUUUACACGAGCCGAGAGGUCGGACAGCAAACGGAGUAAAGCGGCACAAGGCGGGGGUGAGCCACCAGCUACCGGCAUGGCCAGGGACUACGAUUACCUCUUCAAGCUGCUCAUCAUCGGUGACAGCGGAGUGGGGAAGAGCAGUCUCCUCCUGCGAUUUGCAGACAACACGUUUUCAGGUAGCUAUAUCACCACGAUCGGUGUGGACUUUAAGAUCCGGACGGUGGAGAUCAACGGGGAGAAGGUGAAGCUACAGAUCUGGGAUACGGCGGGGCAGGAGCGCUUCCGCACCAUCACCUCCACAUACUACAGGGGAACGCAUGGGGUCAUAGUGGUAUAUGACGUCACAAGUGCAGAGUCCUUCGUCAACGUCAAACGAUGGCUUCAUGAAAUCAACCAGAACUGUGACGACGUGUGCCGAAUAUUAGUGGGAAACAAAAACGACGACCCCAACUCCAAGGUGGUCGAGACGACUGAUGCACAGAAGUUCGCCGAGCAGAUGGGAAUCAACCUGUUUGAGACGAGUGCAAAAGAGAACAUCAACGUUGAAGAGAUGUUCAACUGCAUCACAGAGCUAGUGCUAAGAGCCAAGAAGGAGGUGCUCGCCAAGCAGCAGCAGCAGCAACAGAACGACGUGGUCAAACUCACCCGGAACAGUAAACGAAAGAAGAAGUGCUGCUAGCAAACUCGGAAGCCAUCCACGAAAAGGCCGGCCACGUCUUUUCUUCACACAUGCAUUUACACAAGGACUCAGAGCAUCUAAAUUAAAAGAGCAGAUAAAGAUUUAAUAAAUAUACGGCGAAAGAUUUAAAAAAAGAAUAAAAUAAAUGGGGGAAAAAAUGUCCCGUUUGGACUAACUAAUCAUGAAGACUUCCAAAAAAACCAGUGUACAGAUUUUAUUAGAGGUCAAAUCAAGUUUUAUUUGGAAUUGAGCAGAUGGGCACUAUUGACCUGAGGUCCUCCUUCCUUAAAGGAUCUGCGAGCCGACAACCGAUCGCCACAAUGCUCGGAUUUAUCUCCACAUAACCCCCCCCCACUCCCCCCACUCUGCGUCUCAUCUCUCCUUCUCAUUCCACUGCACACGGGACAUUCAGAGUCGAGUCUGACUCUGCGCCUGAGGAGAAGGAGGGGUCACCUUUUUCUGGAUUUAUUUGUUUGUUUCUAGUUUAAUUUGUUUUGGGUGGGGGUGUUUUUUUGGACCGGGCUUCUGAGUGAGAGUGGAGGUCGCACCACCUCUCUACAGUUAAAACAUUUCAGACACCUUUGUUCCCACGACUCAGGCCGAGAGAUCAUGAACUGUUAGAUUUUGUUUUAUUUGACAUAUGGGGGGAAAAAACACACUGAUGACGAUUGGUAGACGACCGUUAGCAACUAAUCUGAUGGACAGAACUGGUGACCUUUCACGUUUUGUUUUUCUUUGUCUAUAUUUGCCAAUCUUCCCAUCCUUUAACCUCCAAUAGUGCUGAGCCAACAAGAAUUGAUUUUAUUUUUUUGUCUCCUUUUCUUUCUUUUCUUUUAAAGUGCGACAGAACAGUUGAACCCUCUCUGAAAGCACCGUUCACUGCAGUCUUACUACUCUUUGCUUUUAAACCUCUACGUCCACCUUUAAAAAGAAAAAUAAAAAACAACAAAAAAACAACAAUGAUACUGCCAAUAUUCUACAAAAAAACAAAAUAGCAGCUCAGUGGUGCCCCUCAUUUGGACUGUUGCCAUAGAGGCGCCUGGUUGGCCAUGAGGCAGAGUGAAUCAGGAACUGAUGGGAACCUGUUCAGUCCUCAGGAAGUGCUCAGGGCUGCCCUCCCUCUUCCCCCCCCACACACACACACACACACACACAUAUCAGCCCCUCUCACAGCGACGGACUCACCUGCUGCAUUUGGUUCAUCAAGGGAGCACGAGGAGGCUCGUGCUCUGGAAACUGUUCUCGUGGUCGUCCAAUCCAUAGCUGACUGUGUUUUGAGCAUGUAACACUUUGUUUGAAGGGGUCUGUGAAAGGUUAUGCCUGACAUGCAUCUUACACUGUCCAGGAUUUACUGUAUUGCAGAUUAUUCUAAACAGUUGACUAAUGUUAAAGUCUGAUGUCAUGUUUUUUUCUUUGCUUUCAAACAUGUCACCCCCCCCCUCCCCCUUCUACCUGUUCAAUUGAAGUGUUACCUCACAGUGUUUCAGGCCUCCUCCGCGGUGAGUGUGGCAGUUAAUGUGAGAACAAAUGGAGAUGGACUGCAGCUCUGGAUCCCAGUGUGUUGGGGCCUGAGCGCUCUUUCUGUGCACCGCCAGGGUUUGUCAGAGGCCGAAGCGUCUGUUACUGACACAUUUGUUUUUGUUUUCUUUAUUUUGAAUUUGGGAGAGCAGUGAACGGAGAGAGCUGAGCUUCUCUUUGGAAGCGUUUAGUGUUCGUCCUCUGGGCAGACUCUGGCAGCCGCUUUGGGAUCCUGUCACCUCCGGGGCCUAGGAAUGGUAUCAAAUCCCACAUUUCUAUUCGUUACGUGUAUGUAUAUAUAAAUAUAUUUGUGUGUUUAUAUUCAGUAUAGAACAUACACACAUAAUUAGCACACCAAACUGUGCAUGUGUAAAACAUGCCCCGUGUGGUUGAAACACACACUCGUCAGCUGUGGUUUGCUGUACACUGGAGAAGAAGAGAUGUACUAUUCAGUUUUCCCUACAUGAAUUUAAUCAGUAAUAAACAUUUUAAAGGAAUAAAUAUUUGACACAUAA